AUGACGAUUCUUAGCUCGUCUCCUUCACUCUCUUCUCUCAAGAUUUUUCGAUUAUCCUCUCGCCAAUCUCUAAUCGAUGCAGCUUUCCUCGGGAAUAGGACGAAGCCGUCUCAGAAUUGCAACCUCCGAUACCGAAUGGACGCCGUUUCGAGUAUUUCGACUUCUAGCUCAUGUAUUAGCGUCGGUGAAGAUUUUCCCGUAGACUACGAGCAGUGGGUACCGGUUCCGGAUCCAGAGAGUCGGAGAAGAGCCGGCGUUUUGCUUCAUCCGACGUCGUUUCGUGGUCCUCAUGGCAUUGGUGAUCUCGGAGAAGAAGCGUUUCGGUUCAUCGAUUGGCUUCACUCUACUGGUUGCUCCGUUUGGCAGGAUGCAAAUUGUGGAAACACAUUGUUGAUUUCUCUUGAUGAGCUUGUCAAGGAUGGAUUGUUAUUCAAUGAUGAGCUCCCACGACCAAUUGAUGCUGAUUGUGUCAACUAUCAAACCGCGGACAAGUUAAAGAGUCCCUUGAUAACUAAGGCAGCAAAGAGGCUUAUUGGUGGCGAUAGUGAACUGAAGAGCAAACUGCAAGAUUUCCGUAACGACCCCUCUAUUUCAUGUUGGCUUGAAGAUGCAGCCUAUUUUGCAGCUAUAGACAAUACUUUAAAUUCAUACAGUUGGUUUGAGUGGCCUGAACCACUUAAAAACCGUCAUCUUUCAGCUAUGGAAGCUAUAUAUGAAAGUCAAAAGGAAUUUAUAGACUUGUUCAUUGCUAAACAAUUUUUGUUCCAAAGGCAGUGGCAGAAAGUUCGUGAGUAUGCACAGCGGAAAGGAGUCUAUAUAAUGGGGGAUAUGCCCAUUUAUGUUGGAUAUCACAGUGCAGAUGUUUGGGCAAACAAGAAACAUUUCUUACUGGCAAUUAGCGGCGUUCCUCCUGAUCUCUUCAGUGAAACUGGUCAACUGUGGGGAAGCCCUCUUUAUGACUGGAAAGCGAUGGAGAGUGACCAUUAUUCUUGGUGGGUUAAUCGAAUACGACGUGCACAAGACUUGUAUGACGAAUGCAGGAUCGAUCAUUUCAGAGGAUUUGCUGGGUUUUGGGCGGUUCCUUCUGAAGCUAAAGUUGCCAUGGUUGGACGAUGGAAGGUAGGACCAGGAAAGUCUUUAUUUGAAGCCAUUACAAGAGGCGUUGGGAAGAUCAAAAUCAUAGCAGAAGAUUUGGGAGUUAUUACUAAAGAUGUAGUUGAGCUGAGGAAAUCUAUCGGCGCACCUGGAAUGGCCGUCCUCCAGUUUGCUUUUGGAGGCGGCUCUGAUAACCCACAUUUACCUCACAAUCAUGAAGUGAACCAAGUUGUAUACUCUGGAACUCAUGACAAUGACACUAUCCGAGGUUGGUGGGAAACUCUGGACCAAGAAGAAAAGUCUAAGGCAAUGAAAUACCUGUCAGUAUCUGAAGAAGACGAUAUCUCAUGGUUAGUCAUCCAAGCUGCAUUCUCUUCAAUUGCUCAAACCGCAAUCAUACCGAUGCAAGACAUCCUCGGACUUGGAAGCUCUGCUAGGAUGAACACUCCAGCCACUGAGGUGGGGAAUUGGGGAUGGAGGAUUCCGAGUUCAACGAGCUUUGAUCAUCUGGAAACAGAAUCCGUCAGACUCAGAGAUCUUUUGUCAUUGUACGGACGUAUUUGA